CUAUUUGUGUCACCACUCUCCUUGCAAUGACUACACGAUGAAUUCAGCAUCACACAUCAUAUUUGCACUGUUAAACCAUAAGAUUACCCACUGCAUGUGUUUAGAAAUUCAUUUCGUGUCCAGUAAUCCACCUCAUGUCGUCUUAUUUGCAUGCGUAUUGUUACAAUGAUUUAUUGACGAUUCAACUGAAGAAUACCUGCAUUCUAAUCUGUUAGUAACCCGAGGAACGAGGGUGGAAGAGUUUGUGAAAGAGUAUCUCGCCUUUCUAUCCGUGAUAGCGUGUGAAUGGCUCACGGGAGACGCUGAGCCCACGCGGGAAAAGACGUAAUAAAGACGGACUUAAGUUAUAACCUUGCCGAACACCACCACGGGCUGUGGGGAGUGUGCGGAGCUCGACAGUCAAGUCAAGUCCCCAUGGAGACAAAUCACUGCCAGCUUCCAGAAGACAAAGUGCGUGAAACGUGACACAAAGUCCAUACAUCUAUCAUCCUCCAGGGUGCACACAGUUGGCUGAAUCUCCCAUAGCAUGAGCCGCCGUUUGGAAACCAGUGAAGCGUGUGACGUCUCGGGAUAAUCCACCGGAUGACUUCAUAAUAAAGCAUACAGCUAUAUCCGCUGGAUCAGCGCCUCUUUUCUACCAGUGGGACUCGUAACCCGUGGAAACACGCUGAAACAGUUGACCUCAGAUCACCCUCCUCGCUUCAACAAAAUAUUGAACCGAGACGUACAGGUGGACUCCAUGCUGGGAUAUGACAUGUGUGUGUGUCUGUGUGUCUGUGUGUGUCUGUGUGUACAUAGACUCACAGUAAAUGUUUACAUCAACUUUGAUCUUCUCCCGACAUCCUGACUCCGCACAGGGAAAUGAGUGCUCAUGAAUUGUCUAUGUACCUUUAUGCGACAAUUGAACACGGCUUUACCGCAUGGGUUAUGUUAAUUUCGGACAUGGGGAUGUGAACAGUACGACCCGAACUCUGCCUAUAUGUUAAUACAUGUAUGGCAACGUCCGAGGGCCAUAAAUGACUUUACCUUAAUCUAAAGUAGAGUGGAGUAUAUAAUUGUGAUUCAUGAUAUCGUUCCGCUUCGUUUGGAGAAAGGUUCAGUGUGGCCUGUGAUGUCGAGUUAUUAUUUUCUGCGUUUCACGACACAUCACCGAUCUUACCCGAUAUUAAUCUCUCUGACCAACCUUGAACUACCUUCGCUUUUAAGAGACACCAUCCGUGAAUUGUGGGCAUUAAAUAACAUUUUAUUUGAUGUUUGUAUGCCCAUUGUAGGGCAGAACCUACCGUUGACAUAUUCACCAACAAACGUAUGCAUUCAUACAGGUGAGUAUCCGAUACUUCAAGAGGUGCGCCGCAGACGAGGCGUCAGGAGUCGCCCACAGCACAUCAAUCACCUUCACGACGUCUUACCAUGUGAUUGUUUUCUAGAGACGUAAAUUUGAAAUAGAUUCUCAUCCAUCCAAGAUGUUUAAAGGGAGGGAGAAGGACAGUGAACACGUCCUCCACGCUUUAAUGCCCGGAGCGAGGAUAAACAAAGGAAACAAAAAGAUUACCAUCAACGUUGGAACCUCUAAUGAAACCAUUACUUUUAAUGUCGGUGGAUCCCAGUUUGAAACAUACAGGUCCACCUUAAACCGUCUCCCCUUCAGUCCUCUAGGGGAUGAAGACUUUCUGAAGAAGCAUUACAGGGAGGAUAGGAAGGACUACUUCUUUGACCGGGAGCCUGAUGUUUUCAAGGCGAUAUUGAACUACCUCCGCACGGGGGAGCUGCAUCUCCCUGCCUGGCUUUGUGGGGCUUCUAUCAAGAACGAACUGGCAUUUUGGGGCGUGGAGGAGGAUGAGAUUGAGGAGUGUUGCUGGACGAACUACAACUCGUGGACGACGACGUUGGAGGCGUUGAGGAAGUUGGAGAAGGACAGGAAGGGGACGCUGGGGCACGUUGGCGAGAGCAACAAGAGACCAACGUCUCAGUGGAAGAAGUUCUGCCAACGUGGAUGGACUCUCAUGAACAACCCACGAGUUUCCGGAUGGGCCAGGGUUAUUGGCGCUGUAUCGAUGCUGUUUGUCAUCCUCUCCAUCUUUUCAUUCUGCGCAGAAACACAUGAGAGUUUCCACACGUACGUCUCGCAGAACGCCAGCUUCAGCAACAACAAUUCAUCCUCGGUCAAUGUCGCAGACAGCAAGGAUGAAGGCGACGGUAAACUGGACGUUCAGAUCCAUCCAUCGUUAUUCUUCAUUGACGUUGUGUGUACGGUAUAUUUCCUGCUCGAGUUUAUAACAAAAUUCGUGUUUUCUCCAAAGAAAGGAAGCUUUUUCGUUCUGCCAAUGACAAUAAUUGAUAUCUUAGCACUAGCGCCGGAUAUCGCCGAGACGUUGUAUCGCCUGUCCACGUCUAAUUAUUACUCACGUGACACCCUUGCUGUACUUCCGGUUCUGCGCGUCACAAGGAUCUUCCGUAUUUUCCGUCUCAUGCGUCACAUCCCAGGAUUGUAUAUCCUGUUCUAUACACUCAAGGCAAGCUUAAGAGAACUGCUUCUGAUGCUGCUGUUCUUGUUCGUGGGGAUGCUGGUGUACUCUUCUCUCAUCUACUUUGCGGAUGACCGGAGCACGUUCACCAGCAUCCCUCACGGGUUCUGGUGGGCGCUCAUCACCAUGACAACCGUCGGUUAUGGUGACAUGUUUCCGGUGACGAAUCUGGGUUACCUUGUAGGAUCAAUUACGGCCGUGUCGGGAUUGCUCAUGAUUGGGUUCACUGUGCCGAUCCUUGUCAGCAACUUCGUGAUGUACUACCACCACACCCAGUCGGCACUGGAACGAGAGCGGAAGAGAGUAGGAAGACAAAAGCAGCUUGAAGCUGAAGCAAAGAGGCGAAGACCAAGCUUGUUCAAUCUCGCCAUCCGAUCCAAGUUUCAGACCAAGGAUGAUGUAACGGGCUCGCGGCUGGCAUCUAUGGCGGAUGACGCUGCCAAGCAGCUCACCAAGACGUUGGACAAGGAUUGUUCAGCACCUUAUUCCACGGCUUCAUCUCCAAGAGAGGAAACAGACCUACUGAUGAAAGAUUCCAACGGGAACAGCCCGUGAAAAUUAUUGAGGGGCAAUAAGUUUGAUAAAGAAAAAUACAGUUAAGUACGGUUAUAACGAACUCAAAGGGACUACUAAUUUUAGUUCGUUAUAACCGUAGUUCGUUAUAAGCAUAUAUACAGCAUAACUAAAGCAAAUAGUCGGGACCCAAAAAGUAAGUUCGUUAUAUCCGUCAGUUCGUUAUAUCCGUCAGUUCGUUAUAAGCGUGUUCGUUAUAACCGUAGUUUACUGUAAAGCUGUCCUCAUAAACGUCAGAGAUGCAAUAUAUUCUUAUCAUUCAAGUGUCUCACGGUUAGACGGAAGUCUCCUGGUCAGAGCGCUGACAUUCCACGAAGACGCGGGUUCGCUUCCCCUCACUGGUACAAUCUGUGAAGCCUAUUUCUGGUGUCCCCCGUCUUGAUAUUGCUGGAGAAUUGCUAAAAGAGGCUUAAAACGCAACUGAGUGAGUGAGUGAGUGAAUAUGGUUUUACGCCGCUUUUAGCAAUAUUCCAGCAAUAUCACGGAGAGGGACACCAGAAAUGGGCUUCACACAUUGUACCCAUGUCGGGAAUCGAACCCGGGUCUUCGGCGUGACGAGCGAACGCUUUAACCACUAGGCUACCCGACCGCCCUAAAACGCAACUGAACUCAUUCUCAUGUGCUCAUGUACAGUGUCAUGUCGCUUCACGUGGGAGAGGAAUAACAGACAUUUCUCUCCGCGAAUAACUGCAAGAUUGCUGAUGCGUCGGUAAACAAUAAUCACUCCCACACUUCACGUUGGACAAGACUCCACAGCUUAGUUGUCACAGACACACGCAAAGGCAAGUCAAUGUUCACCUGAAAAAAACACGGGAACAUAUGGUACAUGUCAAAAUAGGGAAUUGCCACUGAUGCGUCAAAUUUGGAAAUUUCCUCCACAUGUCUACCAUAAAACUUUUUGAAAGCUUUACUGAGACCUUGAAUGCUGAAGCCUUGAUCAAACAACUACUGAGGAAGAGUCGUAUGCCGCUCUAUGAAACAGUGCAUCGCGACCUUAACCAAGAGACCCGGUCUGAUCUAUCGCUGAUACCAGGUCCUCGCCCAACCGAUAUCACCCGUCACAAACACAUGCAAAGGAGAGUCAAUUGUUCACCUGAAAAACACGCGAACAUGUAGUAUAAGUCAAAAUAGGUAAUUGCCUCGGACAUAAUUUUUGUCACCGAUGCGUCAA